AUGACAUUUUAUAGAUAGCUUAUCAUGCAUGUCGUUGUAAAUUGUAGUUUCGGGACAACUGUUGUGUGAAAAAAACAGGUUUUUUUUACUGUUUAUUGUUAAGGUAUUAACCCAGGAUAAAGGAUGGCUGGACCAGAUUUACCGGAGACACCGUCACAGCUUAAGAGUAUCCAUCCGUACUUGAAGAUUGCAAACGAACACGAUGCUCGAGACAUUGUUGUCAGCUACUGGUGUCGGCUGUAUGCUCUACAAACCGGUUUGAAACUGUCAACAAAGACCACCGAAGAGACAAACUUUCUUUUGAAGCUGAUGGAUUGGCUAGAAAGCAUGAAAAAGGCGAAUCACGAUAACGAGGCCAUCACAAACGACGUUGCAGCUCAAGCUCACAUUGAGAACUGGGCUCUAAAACUCUUUUUGUUUGCCGACAAACAGGACAGGGCUUCUAACUUCAGCAAGGCCGUUAUACAGAGUUUUUACACUGCUGGUCUGCUGUACGAUAUUCUUUCGGUAUUCGGGGAGCUUAGCGAAGAGGUUGUUCAGAAUAGAAAGUACGCCAAGUGGAAGGCUGCUUACAUACAUAAUUGCUUGAAGAAUGGUGAGACACCCAUACCUGGACCAAUGAAGGAGGAUGACGAUGAUUCCAAUGAAAACGUUGACAACGAUUCAGCUGAUAAUGAGGAUAACGAGGAUAACGGGAAUAUGCAAGAUUACGGCAGCAUGUCGAAAUCUACUCAACCAACAUUGCCUACUCAUCCUAUGAUGCCCAUGCAACCUACUCUGCCAUCAACUCCACCAACUAACAUGGGAGCAUUUGGUUUUCCAUCGGUACCAGAACCGCAUACGUACAAUCCAGCCCCAACACCCACCAAUCCUGGCGUCGGUAAUAUUGCACCAUUCAAUAGUAAUACGCCAACGUUAACAGCUGGAGGUGGCUUCGAGUUAACCGUCGAGCAGACGGAAAAAGCCCAGAAAUACAUUAAAUGGGCUGGCAGUGCUUUAAAUUAUGAUGACGUACCAACAACGAUCACGAAUUUACAGAAGGCUCUGCAACUCUUGACGACUGGCAAAGAUCCUGUUUGAAAAUACUUGAGGUUGUCGCUCACUUUUUCACGUAAUUUAACUGUUGCUUGCAAAGUUUUAUAUAUUUUAAGAUUUUUUUUUUUAAAUUACUAUAAAUAAAGGAUAUUUUUAGAAAAAGGCGAGAGAAUACUAUUACACUCACAAAGUUUGAGACGCCUUGAUAGCUUUGUAAAUAAUACAA